AUGACUUUGUUAUCGCUCAUAGUGGCUGCCGCCUUUGUGAGCAACUCUCACGCCACAACCAGCAAGUCGAACCCUGUUGUCUCUGAAGUCGACAAGCCGAAAGAGUUUCAAUUUUUAAGUAACGUGACUGAGAAAUUCUUCGUCAACGGCACCAACUUUCCUUUGGUCCCUUUCGACAUUGGCGAGUCAUAUGCUGGCCUUCUUCCUAACACGCCACAUGGCGAUUCAAAACUGUUUUUUUGGUUCUUUCCAUCGCUGAACCCGACGGCAAAGAAUGAGAUUACUAUCUGGCUACAAGGUGGUCCAGGAUGUAGCUCCCUCGAUGGUCUUUUACAGGAAAAUGGUCCAUUUCUCUGGCAGUCUGGAACCUAUCAGCCGGUUCGAAUUAUGUACUCAUGGAAUAAUUUAACUAACAUCGUAUAUAUUGACCAACAUGUCGGCACGGGACUCUCGCCUGGAAAGUCAAUGGUUAAUAAUGAGGUUGAUAUAUCAAAUCAGUUCAACGACUUCUGGCGUCGCUUCAUUGACAUCUUUGAUAUGCAAGGUUAUAAGGUGUAUAUUACUGGUGAAAGCUACGCAGGAAUGUACAUUCCAUACAUUGCUGAGGGCUUCAUUAACAAAAAUGAUACCGAGCACUUUAAUUUGAAGGGGAUUCAGAUCAAUGAUCCAACUAUCAACGAACUCAAUGUAUUGGCCAACGCUGUGGCCACACUUAACCAUUUUUCCUCCAUCUUUAGCCUGAAUGAAACAUUUAUGAAAGAUAUCAAUGCGAGAGAUGAGAAAUGCGGCUUGACGAAGUUUCUCAACGAGGCUUUAACUUACCCACCGCCGAAGAAUUUCCCUGCCACGCCCAAUCCCUGGUCUGAUCCCGAUUGCUUGGUGUGGUAUGACAUUACCGCAGCGGCUCAGCUCGUGAAUCCAUGUUUUAACAUGUACCACCUCACUGAUUUUUGUCCUUUCCUCUUAGACCCAAUGGGUUUCCCAUCUUUAGCAGCUGGUCCUGGUAUCUAUUUCAAUCGAUCAGAUGUCCAAAAAGCUCUUCAUGUUCCGUCAACCAACUAUUCUCUGUGUGACGAGACCGUCAUUUUCUCUAAUGGCGAUCGCUCUGUGCCCAGCGCGCUGGGCCCGUUACCCAAAGUUAUUGAGGCCACUAAUAACGUCAUUAUUGGACAUGGAUGGUUUGACUUUCUAUUCUUUUUAAAUGGCACACUUGCAACAAUUCAGAAUAUGACAUGGAAUGGCGCUCAAGGGUUUCAGUAUCCACCCACGGAACCCCUUAUUGUACCUUAUACCCAAGGCCAAGUAGAUCCGAACACAUGGGACGGUGGCUCAGGGGUUUUAGGCACCGCUCACACGGAGCGUGGCUUGACAUUUUCCUCGGUAUAUAGGUCUGGACAUGAAAUUCCACAAUACGCUCCUGGUGCUGCAUAUAGACAAUUGGAACUCUUGCUUGGACGGAUUAAAAGUCUGCAAGAUACGGGACCAUUUACGACUCAGCAGUAG